AUGUCACUGUCGGGGGCGGAGACCACGGACGUGGGUCGCGGAAGGAAAUCUGCAAGUAGGCGCCACCUGGGGGCAGAGGUAGAGAAGAGAAAACUCGGCAGACUUGAGCCGGGUCGGGAGUCAGUCGGUCUGCGGUCGCUGCCUGAGGCGUCCGUCACUGUAGCGGGGGGCGCUGGAGUGUGGAGUGUGGACACUCGAGCCAUUAUCGUGCCGCGGGGCAGGCGUGCAAUCGCUGCAAUCUGCAAUCGUGCGGCUACCUAUAGUAGUGACGUCACCAGCAUGGCCCAGCUGUGCGCCAAGGUCACGUGGUCGGCGUGUCGCGACCUGCACGGACACGCCCCUGCCAGUUCUUGCACAACAGAUGCACUGUUCGACUCCGACUCUAGAUAUCUUCGCCACUCUGAAGGUUACGCUAUUAGCUCCGUGUAUUGCAAUCCCUGGAGUGUAUUUCUCCAGCAGUUGUUGCGACUGGAGGAUAACCGUCGCCUGUGGCAGAGAGUCCUUGGCUUGGCGACCCCUGAGACCAAAAACACACAUGACGUCAUGUACUUUCCCCGGCUGGGCCGGCGAUGUGGCGUGGCAGAGUGGAGUGGACAGUGGGCGGGAGAAAGUGCCUGCCGGUCGUUCACCGCCGCCUCCGGGACUCCGCCCCAGGGUCAGGACCCGGGCAUCCGCUCUCCGAAGAUCGGACUGACGUCGUGUCAGUCGUUCAGUUGUAUGUCAAAUCUUGGAGAAUCACGACGAGAGUUCUCUAAAUUGACGUUGUCCAACGGAAUGGAUACUAGUAACGAAUGGAGUCUGGUCAUAUGGGUUCUGCUGUGUAGCACCUGUAGCCUUGGCGGUGUGGCACCGAUAGAGAACAAGGCUUCAAACGAUGUGGGUCAGUUUUUGGGACAGUUGACUUCUCUGCUGAACCAAGGCAUUCAGCAGCAGAGGUAUCCCGAUGUGGCAGCUGGGUACCAGAGUGGCGGGUAUCCCCCUCCACCCUAUUACCCUCCUCCUGGCGGACCUCUACCUCCUCCUGGCAGACCUCUACCUCCUCCUGGCAGGCCUUACCCUCCUCCAGGCCCCUACCCUCCGCCCUACCAGCAGUACCCCCAAGGCUACCCCGGCCAAGGGUUGGUGCCCUCUCCCAGCUCCCUGGUCGGCGCCCUCUCGUCCAUAGCUCGCUAUGACGACCUCAGAUGCGUGCCCAGGCUUCUCUGCGAGGUCGCCUCAGGGGCCCGCCCAGGCAGCUACGGCUACCAGACUUACAGCCAGGAGUCUCCAGUCCCCUUUCUCUCCAAAGACGCUCUUGUUACGUUGCUGACAGUACUGAACUUCGUUGACGACUCUCCCCUGCUGGUAUUUGGACGAGCGGCCCUCUUAGGGUACACGGCUAGGGGAGACUCCCGCGCUUGUCUUGUCGCCUACCCCACGUGUCCGCGCGAUCCGGACCGUCUAGUUGACUACCUCAACAACCACAACGGAGGAUUCUUCCGCUUUUUCAACCAGCAGUUGGGACAGUAUGCUCCACAGUACCAGCAGUACCAGCCUCCACCUCCACCCUACCCUGGGCCCUACCCUCCUCCAUACCCUCCACCUUAUCCUCCACAGAGACCGCCUCGACCCUACCCUCCACCAGGAUACCCUUACCAGUACUCUUCGCAAAACCAGAGGUACCAGAGCCGCAUCCAAACCCAACCAGAAUCUCUUCUGGAAUUCAAUUACUAUACUUCCAAUCCUCAAUCUCAAGCUGAGGACUCAAACAAACUAUCCAUCACUUCGUUCCGUGAUCAAGACUUUUCUCAGGAUUUCACUCUCCAAAAAGACUCUAAAUCCAGAUUGGUAUUUCCUCAGCGAGAUGAUGAUCUCCAAAACUACUCUCACCAAUCGCAGAGUACUAGAGGAGGCAAGAGUCUCCUGUUUCCCUCAGAAGUGUCUACUACAGAGCAGCUCUCCUCCAACCGCCUCCCGUUCCAGAAGGCCGUCACUAUGGUGUUCCCGGACCGCACCGGCACUGGGAACCUCCGCCUUGACCUCGACCAGUACGGGAACUACAAGACUGUCUACUACGAGCCCUCCCAGCACCGGGAUCUUCGACAGGUGACAUUCCCUCGGGAACAAACGACAAUGCACUUCCCCCAGUAAUCAAGUGGAAGAUAUAAAUGGGAGGGAAAGUGAUUUUAAAGUGCGUGCGUGCAUGUGUGCGUGCGAGAGUGUCCACGCAUCCAUCACCGGUGUCACAAACAUUGAUGGAUCAGCACAUCGCUAUUACGAUUCCUUUUAUCUCGCCCGCCCUCUGCCUUUUUCGGUGCAAAUCAUUAGUUUGAAACGUUAACGCGGUUUUCAUUUAUCACUUGCGGUCGAGUCUCCGCUCCUGAUAUUUAUGGAGCCAGGCUGUCUAGAGUUUGUGGCUACUCUUCUAAUCUCAGCGCAGGUGGAAAAGACAGCUCUUAUCAGAUUCAAAUUCAGGUCCUGGUUUGAUAAGCUUAUCUUAUUUUUGGAAAUAUUUGAGAAAGAUAUUCUAAGAAAUUCGAUAACUACGUCUUUUAAUUUACUAUCACUGGUAAACAAA